AUGAUCUCUCGAGUGUCUGUCAUUAGAAAGUGUUUUGUUUCUACGCCAUAUGUUGGCCCUAGAUUUAGACCUAUUCAACAGUUGAGAUUUGUCUCAUUUAAACAAGUGGAUCAACCAAGAAUAAGAAUUGGUUCCAUUGCUCCAAAUUUCAAAGUAGACACUACAAAGGGCCCAAUUGACUUCCAUGAGUAUAUAGGUGACAGUUGGGUUAUUUUGUUUAGUCACCCGGCUGAUUACACUCCAGUGUGCACCACUGAAUUGGGAGCCUUUUCGAAUUUAAAGCCUGAGUUUGAUAAACGCGGGGUCAAAUUGAUUGGGUUAUCCACUGAGGGAGUGGAUAGUCAUAAAGGUUGGAUUAAGGAUAUUGAGGAGGUUCAAACUAAUGGUAAAGAGUUCCUGUUUCCUAUUAUUGCCGAUGGUAAGAGAGAAGUUGCUUACAAGUAUGAUAUGGUGACUGAAGAAGAUUUCGGGGCAUUGGAGCAAGGGAAAACAGUGGCAACCAUUAGAUCAGUUUACAUUAUAGAUCCGUUAAAGAAAAUCCGUUUGAUUAUGACUUAUCCUGCAAGUACUGGUCGUAACACACUGGAAGUAUUGAGAGUUAUUGAUGCUUUGCAGUUGAGUGAUGCAAAGGGUGUUGCUACUCCUGUGGACUGGACUGUUGGCAAAGAAGUCAUUAUCCCACCAACAGUUAGUGAUGAGGAUGCAAAGGCGAAAUUUGGUGAUUUUAGAAAAGUUAAGCCAUAUUUAAGAUUUACAAAAGUUUAA